GUGGCUGUAGCUGACAUGGUGAAUGAAGCCAUCUGGGUCUUCAACCCUCACACCAGCCUCUCCAAGGGGGAAUGGAUAAAAAUCAGGAAGGUUGGUUCCCCCAGGAGUAUUGGAGUAGACUCUAUGGGCAAGAUCCUGGUAGCAGACUAUGCACAAGGUCAAGUGCACAGCUUUGCUCUGGACCAUGCCUUCAGGACACUCAAUGCCCACUCUGUCCCCAAUCUGCAGGGACCUCGCUACAUCAGUCCAGUGCCCAGUGGAGGCUUUGUGGUGAGUGAGGAGUGUGGAGAUGUCAAGGUCUUCAUGAGCAGCCGUAAGCUUCUCUGCUCCCUCAGCAGCAAAUAUGGACACCAGUUUGGCAACCCUGCUGGGGUCUGUGUGGACAGGGAUGGCAGUAUCCUGGUGGCAGAUGAGCAGCACCAUACAGUCCACUUGUUCCCAGAGCAUGGAGCUCCCAUCUGCCUGGUGUCCACCGGGCUGCAGAGGCCUGCUGGCAUGGCUUGCUCCUCCUCUGGGCACCUCUUUGUGGCAGACACAGUGGAGAACUGUGUCAAAGUCUUUAAGUACCGUCCCGGGCGGUGGCACGGCAGGCGGGCGGCACUGCCGCUCCUUAUCGCGCGGCUGAGGCGGCCCCGCCGCUCUCGGGGCCCGCGGGAAGGCGCCGGGACGAGCCUGGGGAGCGGCGCUGCCAGGAGCGGGGCCCGACACGCCGGGAGCGGGGAGCCGGGGCACGGCGGAACGCGGGUGGCGGGUGUUGGCGCCGGCCGGGCCCGUCCCGCUGCACGGCCCGGCGACAGCGGCGUCUCCGAGCAACCGCGGGCGGAAGCGGCGGAGCGGAGCGGGCGGUAG